AUGAGGGGCGGCAAGCUGUGCCGGCGAAGCUCGCCCCCGGCCCUGGGCCUGGGCCUGGCACCCCUGCUGGUUCUGCUCUGGGCCGGGCUGGGCGGCAGGGCGGACGGGGGGCCUUGGGGCUUCCAAGGCUGCAAGCAGCAGCUGAACGUGUCGGUGCUGGGGGCGCUGCCCGGGGCGGGCUGGGACAACCUGCGCAACAUGGAGCUGGGGCUGGUGCUCGGGCGCGCCUACUCGCAGUGCCUGACCACCGAGGACGGCGAGUACCUCAUCCCCGACGGCAUGCUGGCGGUGCCGCGGCGCGAGAGCCUGGUGCAGACCCGCGCCGACCUGAUGGACAGCUGGGUCAACUACACCGACACCUGGGCAGCCUCGGUCAAUGCCGAGUUCUCCUUCCUCUCGUUCCUCAACGGCAAGUUCUCCGUGGAAUGCCAGAACGUCCGGAGGUACAGCCUGCAGUACCAGACGAUCACCACCCGCGUGCAGCGGCGCCACAGCAUCUACUCCGUGAGGGUCCGGGGGACCCCUGACUUCCACCCCGACUUCCGGCAGCACCUGCUGACCCUCAGCGACCACCUGGAGAACAACCAGACCCUCGAGGCGGAGUACCUGGCGGAGAUGCUCGUGUUCACAUACGGCACGCACGUCCUCACCGAGGUGGAGGUGGGGGCCACCCUGGUGCAGGAGGACCAGGUGAGUCGGGAGCUUGUGGGCCACGAGGACAGGAACAGGCUCAACGUCACCUUCGCCGCCUCCGCCUUGUUCGCUCGGAAGAUCGGGGUGGGCGACGUGGUAUCCUGGGACAAGCAGAGACAGUUGGUGCAGGCGUACCAGCAGGGCACGGUGGCCUCCAAGAUACACAGCCGUGGGGGCCCGCCCUUCUACGAGGGCCUCACCCUGCAGAAGUGGCAGGAAGGCGUCGCCAACCGACUGGUGGCCAUCGACCGCUCGGGCCUGCCGCUGCCCGCGCUGCUGCAGCCCGAGGCGCUGCCCGAGCUCCCGGCGCCCGCCGUGCGGCGCGUGGAGGCGGCCGUGAGCCGCGCCAUCAGCCGCUACUACGCAGUCAACAUGCACCCCGGAUGCGUGAAGCACGGGGCCCCCAACUUCGACCCGCUGGCCAACGUGGACGACGGCUCGUGCACUGACGGCCAGCACGCCAACUUCAGCUUCGGGGGCGUCUUCCAGGAGUGCGAGGCGAUCACGGGCCCCGAGGGUGGCCGCCUGUGCGCGCCCUACACCAUCCUGAACCCGCUCACCGGCCGGACCUCCUGCCCCGCCAACUACACGGCCAGCCUGCUGAGCAGCGAGGUCAAGGUGUGGAGCGAGAGAAGCUACGAGUGCUGGCCGCGCUGCGAGAAGUGCUGGCUGAUCUUCACUUGCUGCCACCGGAUGUGCGGCUACUGGGAGGUCCAGCGCGUCGUGCGCGUCAACGCGUCCUGGUGCGCGCCCUCGGGGGCCGCCCCGACAGCCGCGGCCGGCCUCCUCUUCGGAGGCCUCUACAGCCCCGGCCGCCCCAACGCCCGCACCGGCGCCCAGGCCUGCCCCUCGUCCUUCUUCCCGCUGACCCUCCUGGGUGACCUCAAGGUGUGCGUCAGCAGUGACUGGGAGCUGGGCGCGGCCCACGCGGUCCCCUUCGGGGGUUUCUUCAGCUGCCAGGUGGGCAACCCCUUGGCGGCCCGGGCGAGGGGCCAGGACCCCGAAUUCCUGAAGGAAGUCUUCAACCUGAACGUCGCCACGGAUUACCCCAUGACCUGCCCGGAAGGCUACAGCCAACACCCAGCUUACCUCAGCAGCGGCUGCCAGGUCCAAUACUGCCUCCGGGCUGGGUUCCUCUUGAACCCGCAGCAGCUCAUGGUCCGGUUGCCGCCCUUUGUGGCCCGCCCCAGCCUGCUGGGCAACAGCAGCGGCCUCAGGGCCUCGGUCCUGGUGGACGCCAGCGGGCAGCGGGCCUGGGUGAAGCUGCAGGGCUCCAGCCUCUGGCGGCAGACCGAUAUCCACGACCCAUCCGUGGCAGCCCAGCUCCUGGAUAAGGGGGGUUCCCGGCCCAGUGCUGGGACCAUCGCGGGCGCCUGCCUGGGGGCCGUCUUGGGCGUGAUUGCUCUGGCUCUGGGGGUAACUUGGGGCUUCAGGCGCUACCAGAAGCGGGGUUACAGGAGAUUGCCGGAGGGCAUCCUGGCAGAGGAGCAGACAGUCUAUGGGACUGCAGAAACCGCUGAGAGCCCCACUCCGUCUGGCUGCUCAGAGAAUGCCAACAAUUCCGUCUAG